AUGCCUGCCGCCCUGAAAAAGGCGCUCAGCAAGCUCAAGACCGGCAGCCAGUCCUCCGACGAGGACGGCUCGACCAGGAGCCCCAAGCCCAAUGGCGUCAACUCGCCCGUCGCUCCCUCGUCGGGCAUUUCCUCGCCUGUCGUGAAGAACUCGCCCAAGUCCUCGCCACGCACCUCGGGCAUCUUCAGCCGCAGCAGCGGCACCUUUGACAGGAAAGAGGUCGUCGGCCGCUCCAGCGGCACCUUCGACCGCAAGGAGCACCGCGGCAGCGGCACCUUCGACCGCAGCAACCACCGCACCAGUACCAACUUCACCGAGAAGGCUUCCCACAGCCCUGUCCGCGCUCUCCGUGAAAAGCUGCACCUGGGCCACGACUCCGACUCUGACUCCACUGACGUUCCGCUCAACCGCGACGGCGAACCCAUGAGCAAAGCCCAGCUCAAGAAGCAGGAAAAGCAAGCCGAGUGGGAAGAGCACAGGCGCCAAGUCGAGGAGAAGCAGGAGGCCCAGCUGCGCAAACGCCGGGAGAUGGAGGAGCGCGCUAAGAAGGAGGAGACCCCCGAACAGCGGGCCAAGUACGGCGAGCUGCCCGUGAACAACUACGCCGGCGAGUGGAAGCACCAGGAGCGCUGCAACAUCGGUUCCUUGUCCGCCAACGAUGCGGGCAAGGAGGUCGUUUUCCGCGCCCGCCUCCACCACAUUCGCAAAAUGAGCGCCCAUCUUGUCUUUUUUGUCCUCCGCCAGCAGACUCUCACCAUUCAGGGUGUGCUUCACGAGCACGGCUCCGUUUCCCCCCACUUCGUCUACUGGGCCGAGCACCUGGACGUCGAAUCCGUCGUUCUCGUCAAGGGUAUCGUACAACCGCCCAAGGCCAAGGAAGGCGAGAUCAAGGGCACCACCAUCCACGACGUCGAGAUUUCAGUGCACGAGCUCCACGUCGAAUCAAAAGUUACUACUCCACUUCCCUUCAGCGUCGCCGAGGCCGAGGUCACCAAGGCCGAGACCGAGCAGGAGGGCGACACCAGAGUCCGCGUUGCUGACCGGACACGCCUAUCGAACCGCGUCAUCGACCUUCGGUCCACCACUUCGCAAGCUAUCUUCCGCAUUCAAUCCGGUCUUUGCAACUUUUUCCGUACUUAUCUUGAUACCCAAGGUUUCGUUGAAAUUCAUACCCCUAAGCUCCAGGGUGGUGCGACCGAAUCCGGUGCUAGCGUGUUCAAAAUUGACUACUUCGGUCGCCCCGCAUUCUUAGCCCAGAGCCCGCAAUUGGCCAAGCAGAUGUGUAUCUCUGCCGACUUUGGCAGAGUGUACGAGAUCGGUGCCGUCUUCCGUGCUGAGAACAGCAACACUCACAGGCACUUGACUGAGUACACUGGUCUCGAUCUCGAGAUGGCUAUCGACGAGCACUACCACGAAGUUCUUCGCAUGCUCGACAACACGUUUAAGUUCAUCUUCAAGGGCGUCUACGAGAAGUACAGGCACGAGCUCGAUGUCGUCAAACGCCAGUUCCCUCACGAAGACCUUGUUUGGCUGGACCAGACUCUCACUCUUUCAUUUUCCGAGGCCGUCCGUCUCCUGAACGAGUCCGGGUGGAGAGAUGAAGAAGGAAACCCCCUGCCCGAAAACGAGGAUCUUGGCACGAGAGAUGAGAUCCAGCUUGGCAAGGUCAUCAAGGAGAAAUACAACACUGACUACUACAUCAUUGACAAGUUCCCGGCUUCUGCCCGUCCUUUCUAUGCCAUGCCAGACCCCGAGAACUCGGACAUCACCAACUCGUUCGAUAUCUUCCUGCGUGGCCAGGAGAUCCUGUCUGGUGGACAGCGUAUCCAUGACGCGGACAUGCUGAUCAGGAACAUGGAAAGGCUUAAGAUGGACCCGAAGGUUCUGGAAGAGUAUGUCCAGGGCUUCGAAUGGGGUGCUCCUCCCCACGGAGGUGGUGGUAUUGGUUUGGAGCGCAUGCUCAUGCUUUUCCUCAACCUCGGCGACAUCAGACAUGCCUCCAUGUACCCCAGGGACCCCAAGAGCUUGCCUGCGAAGCCGCCGGUCAAGCAGUUGCGUCACCCUGAAGCAAGCACACUUCACCCGCCGUGGGAGGGCCAAGACCGUGUCACCGCCCACAUCGACUUCCAGACCAUCGAGAAGCUUAUCGCCAACUACGGCGAUGCUUCCAACACAUCCUGGCUCGAGCCGCGCACUCAGAUUUGGCGUGAUGACUUCACGGGUGCUGCCGUCGGCUUUGUACCGCAGGGUGAUUACGCAAUUACCGUGGGCGAUCCGCUGUGUCACCAGUCUCAGUACGUCAAGACUAUUUCCGGAUAUCUCAGGUGGAUCAAGAAGGAGCGUAACCUCAAGCCGCUGUGGCUGCUGGUCGGCCCGGAAGUUGAGGAAGUGCUGGCCACUCGCUUCAACUGGCGCACGUUCUCGGUUGCCGCUGAGCAGCGUCUUGAUCCUACCAACAACCCUGCACAACGUGACCACGACCUGCAGCGCAAGAUCAGACAUGCGGAGAAGGAGGGCAUCAAGAUUGUCGACUACCCGCUCGGUUCGCCGCCACCGCAAGAAAUCCGCGAUAAGGUCGACCAGCGUGUCCAGGAUUGGUUGAACAACCGCAAGGGCAAGCAGGUCCACCUGACGGACAUCCACCCAUGGCAGGACAUGGAGCACCGGUGGUACUUCUACGCACAGGACAAGGAGGGUAACAUUUCCGCGUUCGUCGCGCUCGCCCAGCUCUCGCCCGACCACGGGUGGCAGGUCAAGUACUCGCUCGACUUCCCGGGAGCCGCGUCGGGCACGAUUGAAUAUAUUGUCACGCACUCUCUCAAGAAGCUUGCGGAGAAGGGCGAGACCAACGUCACGUUCGGUGGUGGUGCCAGCUCCAAGUUCACGCCUGGGCACAACAUGAAGAAGCCGCGUGUCAAGGUGCUGAGCAAGGCUUAUCAUGCGAUUGCCACGGAGCUCAAGCUCACAAACAAGAGCGAGUUCCGCGAAAAGCUGGGCGCGCACGAGGAUCCGAUCUACGUGUGCUACCCGCCCCAUGGGCUGGGUCCCAUGGCUGUGAAGGCGAUCCUGAGCUUCUUCGAGGAUGAUGACUAG